AAUUCCAGACAACCGAAGUCCCUCUUCAAUUACCAGUUUCGGGGAAGCCCAAUCAUACUCAUCAUCUGAAUGAAAGAGACCCUUUCCUAUUCAAUUCUACUGAAUCCCUUGGAAAUCUUAAAAGCUGGAUGUUUUGGUUAGAUAUCUCCACACUCCCCCCAAAUAUAAAACCUACAUUUAUUUAGCAACCUUCAGGGAUCUUACUAGUACUCCUAAAUAAUCUCUUUAGACCCGCUUAUUUUUUUGUGUUAAAUUAGGUUUCUUGGGUUGAUCCGGAUUGUUUCUUGCAUAUUCGGCAUCUGGGACUUCCUCAAUAGAAGUAAUUAACCAUUAGUUGCUCGUCAAUUUGGACAAUUUUCAGGUUGGUAAAAUGAGGGAUACCCUGCUCACUUUAAUCUGAAAAUGGGGAACACAGGGGUCGUUUGAUAUUUGGAAAACCAUUCUUGGAGUAGCUGGAAAUGAGUCGGUCACCGUCAUUUCAUGCAAGGUCAGAACCUGAUGCAAAAGUCGAUGAAAAAGCUUUUCAGCAAUGGGCAGUUGCUUUUUGCAUCAUUAGAUUUGAUCUUGAGCAAGGGCAGCUCAUUGAAGAGUGUUAUCCACCAGGGUGUCUGACCCAAAAUGAGGAGCUUGAAGUUGCAUUUAGUUCAUUCCCAGAUUCUGUUUCACAACAAUAUAACCGCUCCAGCAUCCAUGACUGCAUCUUCUUCUUUAGGAUACGAAGGCAGGAGAAAAUGCAGACGGCAAAUGUAGUCUCCCAUGAGAUAGUUGAAGUAGAUAACGAGAUUGCAUCACAAGAUAAUAAGCUUCUAAAGCUGUCUAAUAACGCUCCAAGGUAUUUAUAUGGAUUUGUAUUUAAUAGGCAGAGACAUGAUGAAAGGUUAAAGCGAGGUGGCGAACAAAAAUCGGUUGUAAUUCUUUCCCAUAGCCCAUACUCUAGUGUAUUUAGACCUUUGUUACAAAUCAUGGGCCCUUUGUAUUUUGACAUUGGGAAGAAAGCUCUCAACUAUAUUGCUGCUUCAGUAUCAUCUUGGGCUUCUCCUUUACCUGGUCAACUUAUGGAGCUUCCUAUUGGGAAUGCCACGCUUAAAGUGCACCUGCCACCUGCUCAUAGUUUACCUUUAGAUGGUAGAAUGUUCUUUGAAGAGUUAACUUCACCUAUAGCUCCUUUUCUUCCUUCUAAUCAAUCUGUACCACAAGGUCUGUUCCAUGAUUCAGACCUUUUUGGUAUAUUUAGAGGGCUUUUGAUGCAGCUUUGGAGGCUAUGGGAAUUGUUACUCAUUGGUGAACCAAUUCUUGUCAUAGCACCUACACCUCCCCAGUGCUCUGAAGCUGUUGCUGGUUUAGUUAGUUUGGUCGCUCCACUUCUUUGCAGUGUUGAUUUCAGGCCUUAUUUUACGAUUCAUGAUCCAGAAUUUGCCCAGUUAAACUCACUUCAAGAAGGUGCAACUUUCCCUCCAAUGGUUUUGGGGGUGACAAAUCUUUUUUUCCUUAAGGCUCUUCGUAAUGUUCCUCACAUUGUUUCAGUAGGAAGCCCUGCUUCAAACUCAAAUCGUCCUGCUAUGUCUUCUCGGACCUCCAUUGGCAAAAUGCCUGAUGGCCAAGAUGGAUUUGGGCUUCCACAACUUUCCUUGAAGAAGUUCACGCCUUCAAAUUUCUUGAAUGCCGUGAAAUUGAGGAGGGAUGGCCCUCUUUGCCUCAUGACAGAACACAGAGAAGCGGUUUGGUCCACUUAUACUGCUAUUACAAAGCCAGACACAUCUAUUUUAAAUAGGCUAAUUGAUGCAGGGAUGUCACCAAGGGUUGAGGAAUCAAUGUCAGUUGUUAACAACGAGAUACUCCGUCGGCAUUUCUUGGAGCUCACUACCAACUUUUUAGCCCCGUUUGGUCCAUAUUUCAGGGCAACCACACCUUCUGAAGGAUCAUCUCCUUUUUUGGACCCCCCUCCCCUUCCCCAUUUUGAUAAAGAGGAUUUCUUAGCAAGCUUGUCAGCAAGAGGUCCGGGGAAGUUUCUGCUCAAGAGGAUGAGAUCAAAUUGGCUGGAUUUAUACCGGCGGUUUAUGAAAGGACACAACUUUUUGCCUUGGUUUAGAAGGAAGCGUGCUGUUGCUGAGCAAGAACAGCUUAGGUUGUGGAGGCAAGUUAGAAUGAAGACUGACAUAAAAAAAUUUAUAGCACAAUUGUCAGAGGUGGAAAUUGUUGAUUCCUUCAAUGCUAUCGAGAGACAUCUUCUUGGCGAACUGCAGCAGUCUGGUAGUGCUAAUGCUAAUGUAGACUCUGAGGCUGCUGCUCAGAAAUUGAAGGGGGAUUUGCUGGCUGUGUUUAACAUGCUUCCUAAGGACGUGCAGGAACUUCUUCUUAUGAAUCCACACAGAGCAGCUCUUCUACAAGGACCUCCUGACUGCGAGGACCUUCCAAAGGAACCUCUUGUACAGAGUGCUGUUCUGUUCUCGAGUUCACCAAGAUGACAUCUGGAAUAUUUAUUAUUAUUAGGUCAGUCUAAACGAAGUCAAUGUCCUGGCCCAGUGCUGCAGGGGAGAGGGAGAUGGUGUUUUCACAUUUGUAUACACCCUCAUUUUGUUACUUGAUAUGGAGUUCUGAUUUGGAACAUCAGUCUUCUUCUAGAAUACGGUGGUUCAAUUCCAUUGGUAUCGACUACGGCAACCAAAACUUUGGGUAUUCAUUCUUCUUAGAAUGAAUUGGUCUUGGGAUGGACUUUAAUCUAUUUCAUGAAGACCAGUUGGAACACAAGGUCGUCUAUUUUUGGCUCAGCUAAUCGAAAGAAGGCCUGCAUGUUCUGUGCAACAAGUUUCAGGUUUUCUUUUGAUUCAUGCAUUAUUUUGUUUGAAAUUGUGUAUGUUCCUAGAGAAGGGCUCAACUUCAACUUACAACCAAAGGGUUGUAAUACAAGCUAACUUAAAAGGGUUUUAAUCCUUGGACUUUCUGAGAGUGGUUCUGAUAAUUUGACAUGUCGGAUCUUUUGAA